UCAGGUGGGCCGCCGACCGGCACGUGUCCGCUUCUCCUCCGGUCUGUUGCUGCGGGCCGGGCCGGCUUCCUGCCCUCUUGGAGGGGCUUCUCUGCGCCCCCCUCCUCACGCUCUGGGAGGAGGCAGCGGCAGACUGAGGGAGUGCCCGCCCCGCAGCCAGAGGACCCUCCAGCAAAGCCUUCCAGAGACCCCCGUGGAUGUCAGCGGCUAUCAAAGCAACACCUGGAAGGUCAUCCUCUGCCACCUCCUCUCCCUGCUCACCUUGGGCGGCCUCCUCAUCGUCUUUCAUUGGAAGCCGUACCUCAGAGUCCGAGCACGAUGCCGCCGCUGCCCCCUGAGCCAGGCUGACUGGGUGGUCAUUACAGACCAGUUUGGCCAGUCCUUCACUGCACAGGUGCAAACAGAACAACUCGAGGAAGGCAGCCUCACCCUUUGGGGUGCUGCUGCCGGGGGAGAUGCCGGCAGAAGUAGCAUCGCUGUGGGGGCGGCAGAGGACCCUGAUGCCGGAGACACAAUAUGGCUUCAUCGGGAAGAGGAGCAGAAGAAUGCCAUCCGCUACUACCUCUUUGAAGGCCUGCGCUAUAUCUGGGUUGAAACACACGAAGUGUUCUGCAGGGUCAGCAAGUUAGAUGAGAACAGGACUUUCGCAGCAAUCCACUCCUCCCGCUACGGACUGAGCGCCCAGGAACGGAGCACCAGGAGAAAGGUCUAUGGACCAAACCUGAUAGAUGUACCUGUCAAAACUUACCUCAGCCUGCUGAUAGCAGAGAUCCUGAACCCAUUCUACAUAUUCCAGGUUUUCAGUGUGUCCUUGUGGGUCUGUGAGAGUUACUACUAUUAUGCUGCCUGCAUCUUCGUCAUAUCUGCUGCCUCAAUUGGAAUCUCUCUUUACGAGACCAGGAGGCAAAGUGAAACCCUGCAGAGCAUGGUGAAGAUGUCGGUCAGCGUGAGAGUCUGCACAGGCAACGGGGAGGAAACAACCAUGAACUCCGGUGAUCUUGUGCCGGGAGACUGCAUCGUGGUCCCUGCAGACGGAAUGUUUGUUCCUUGUGAUGCCGCACUGCUGACUGGAGAGUGCUUGGUGAAUGAAAGCCUUCUGACAGGAGAAAGCACCCCAGUGAUGAAGGCCCCCUUGCCAGAAGGCCCGCAGGCCACCAGCAACACCUAUUCCCCAGAGGAGCACAGGCGGCACACACUCUUCUGUGGGACGCAGGUCCUGCAGGCCAGGUCCCACGGGGGUGCCGAAAUCCUGGCUGUUGUGACUCGCACAGGCUUCAGCACAGCCAAAGGAGACCUCGUCAGCUCCAUCCUCUACCCCAAGCCCGUUAACUUUAAAUUUUAUAAGGAUGCAGUGAAGUUUGUGCUCUUUCUCGCAGUCCUGGCUGCCCUCGGGACCGCCUACAGCAUCUUCAUCUUAAUUCGAAAUCAGGUUCCUGCUUGGCAAAUUGUGCUGCGUGGCCUGGACAUUGUGACGGUGGUGGUGCCCCCAGCCCUGCCCGCUGCAAUGACCGUGGGCACCAUCUAUGCCCAGAACCGGCUGAAGAAGCACGGGAUCUUCUGCAUCAGCCCGCCCCGGAUCAACCUUGGGGGGAAGGUUCGUCUGGUCUGCUUUGACAAGACAGGGACCCUCACAGAGGAGGGCCUGGAUAUCUGGGGCGUCGUUCCCCAGGAGAACCGCACUUUCCUGCCGAUUGUUCAUGAGGUGCGCUGUGUGGGUGACGGCCCGUUGCGCCGUUGCCUGGUCACCUGCCACACGGUCUCUCUGCUCAGAGAUCAGCCCAUUGGAGACCCUGUGGACCUCAAGAUGCUGGAGUCCACUGGAUGGACCCAGGAGACGGUUGAGGGAGAAGAGGCAGAGGCCCAGGUGAUUCGGCUUUUUGGAUCCAAGGCCCUGGUUGUGAUGAAGCCGCCGCCCCUGGUGGAUCAACCUUUUGAUGCACACACACUCCCCGUGGCGGUUCUCCGCCGCUUCCCAUUUGCCUCAUCCCUGCAGAGAAUGAGUGUUGUGGUGAAGCUUCCUGGCGGGGGCCCCUCAGAGGCCUACAUGAAGGGGGCUCCCGAAACAGUAGCCAGCCGCUGCAAGCAAGAGUCGGUUCCUGUGGAUUUCUCUGAAACGUUGUGUCAUUACACCAGUGACGGCUUCCGUGUGUUGGGGCUCUCCUACAAGCCCAUGGCUUCUGUCAGGACCCUUGAAGAAGCCCAGGCGGUGCCCAGGGACUCUGUGGAGAGCGGGAUGUUCUUCCUCGGCUUCCUCAUGAUGAAGAACGUCCUCAAGCCCGACACGGCCCCCGUCAUCCACUUACUGCGCAGCGCUGACAUCCGGCCCGUCAUGGUCACAGGGGACAACAUGCUCACCGCGGUGAACGUGGCCCGAAGCUGCCGGAUGGUGGAGGCCGGGGAGCAGGUGGUCUUUGUGAACGCCGUCCCCCCCGGUGAUGGCCAGCCGCCUGCCCUCAAAUUCAUCCCCGCUGAGCCUCCCUCUCAGCUGCCAGAGGGUUCGUAUCAGCAGGAGGGCUACUUCUUGGAGCGGCACCCUUCUCGCUUUGCCUUGAACGGAAAGUCCUUUGCUGUGAUCUGCGAACACUUCCCUGGCCUCCUGCCAAAGAUACUGGUGCGAGCCACAGUUUUUGCCCGGAUGUCACCUGACCAGAAAACACUCUUGGUUCGCAGUUUGCAAGACCUGAACUACUGUGUGGGCAUGUGUGGUGAUGGGGCCAACGACUGCGGGGCCCUGAAGGCAGCCGAUGUGGGGAUCUCGCUGUCAGACGCCGAGGCUUCUGUGGCCUCCCCUUUCACAUCCAAAACUGCCAGCAUUGAGUGUGUGCCCGUUGUCAUACGGGAGGGCCGGUGCUCUCUGGUCACCUCCUUCGUGGUCUUCAAGUACAUGGCCCUCUACAGCCUGGUGCAGUUUGUCUCUGUGCUGCUCCUCUACACGAUUAACACCAACCUCAGUGACCUGCAGUUCUUCUUCUUCGACCUGGUGAUCACCACCACCGUGGCUGCUCUGAUGGGCAAGACAGCCCCAGCCAAGGAGCUGGGUCCCGAGCGCCCUCAAGGCACCCUGAUGAACCCCGUCGUCUUGGGCAGCCUUCUUCUCCAGACAGGGCUCCUCACUGCCGUCCAGGUUAUCUGCUACUUCAUCACUGUCUCUCAGAGGUGGUAUGUCCCAUUGAACAGCACCGUGACCGCCCCUGAGAACCUCCCAAAUUACGAAAACACCGUUGUGUUCUGCGUCUCAGGGUUCCAGUACCUCAUCCUGGCUGUGGCCAUGUCUAAGGGCUACCCUUUCAGGAAACCCCUGUACAGCAACGUGUUCUUUUUGAUCGCCCUCAUUGUCUUGUUCAGCCUCAUGAUCUGGCUGACCCUUUACCCACUGGGCUUCAUGAACAUGCUGACUCUGAAAGGCAUUGCUGACAUGAACUUCAAACUGGUGUUGCUGGGCAUGGCCACGCUCCAUUUCUUCAUGGCCUUUGUGCUGGAGACCUUUCUAGAUAGUGGCUUGACGGGUGGCUUAAGGAAGCUGUGCCGUAAGAAGUCCUCCAAGAAGAUCUUCAAGAGGCUAGAGAAAGAGCUCUGCCAACAGCAGCCUGCGUGGCCCCCCCUCUACGAGCCUGUCUUCGCCCCCUCGACUGGCUCUGCUGCUACCAGGUGAUGCUGUGGAAAUCCAGGGGGCGGGGCAGCCGGCUCCCUGGCUGGACUGUUGUGCCUCUGCUCCACCCUCCCAGGGCGUGUGGCCUCAUAAUUUAUUUUCCUGGGUAAUAGUGCAGUUCACUGCUGACCCACAAAAUGCACUGGCAACAAACCACUAGGGUUUUGGCCCUGUCAAAGCCCUGGAGUUACGGCACCCCCAGGCAGGAGGGUUUUGCCAUGCCGUGGGGGGAGGGGGAGCCACCAAAGCACUAGAUAUUUUUCCUGCAGGGCCUGUGGUACUUGUCCCCAGAGCCUCCUGCUUGGAGACCCUGCAAGUCCGUCCUCUGGCAUGGAGCCCCUUGCCCGCUGUUGCUCCUCCCUCCUGCGUUCGCACGUUAUGUCAAGGUUGGGUGUGGCUGCUCCGUGGUGGGACUGGAUGGGGACAGGGUAGUUUUUUGGUUGGUCCCUCCUUGGGCCAGAGCAUCCUGCUUGCUGUUUGUGGUCAGAGGAGCCCUCUGGUUUUGUGAAGCGUGGCCAAACCAGGAUGUUCAGCUCUGGUCCUUGGGUCCCCUUUGAGGGCUCAGAGGCCCUAGAAGGCAUUUCCUGGCUUGCCAUGACUGCCGGUGCCGGCCGAACCCUCACGAGGGGUCCACAGACAAUUGGUUGACCACUUCCCUGACCAAUUGUGUGGUGUCAUUCUCUUCUUCCACCCCCUGGGUUUCCAAGCAACUGUCGGUGCCCCGACCUUUCCCCUUGGCCUCGUGCAGUGCAGGUUCCUUCUGGAGCUUCCCUUUUCUUUUGUGCCUGCUAGCCUGUGAACCCAACUGCAGGCUGCGUCUGAGCAGACAAGGCUCAGAGUGGCCUUCUGGGGAGAAUUGUGGCACGUGCACCUUUCCCCUACCAUGUUGACUUUGGGCCAUUUGCCACGGCAGAAAGCAGAAACGGCCAUUUCUAUGUAUUUGGGCCUAUACGCUCUCUUGGUGUUUGGGAUCCCAGUUCUUCAGGAAAUACCUCAAGACACACCUACAAGCGCCACUCUGGCUCUUCACGAGGGGAGCGUCGUGCAUCAAGAACCACUGGCGGGAGGCCUGGUGGGCCAGACCUCUCUGUUUGCAAUAAGACUCUUCCUGCCCCGAGAAGUUUGUUUUCUCCCAAGAAGAAAAAGAGAGACCACAGUGUCCACUCUCUUUCGGUGGCUGGGAAUGUGUCCAACAAUAAAAGAGGUUAUAUUUUCUGGA